AUGAGCCAGAAAAAAUGUGCUGUAGUCAAGGCCAUGAGGUGCAUGCUUGGUGAUCAGAGCACUGAGGUGAAGAAGGCCGUCCUUCAUUUCGUCAGGACACUGCUCAGUGUGCAGGGCCUGGAUGACUGGGCCUGGGACUUAGUGGCCUAUAAUUUCAAGCAGUCCACCACAUUUCCUAAGGUUCAGGGGCUGCUGGCGCGACUCCUGGUGGUUGCCUCGGCCCUGGGUGACAGCAGCCGCGCACAUUCUGCCCUGCGGGCACUGUGGGCUCUGCACCGCAUGAUCCACCCUGCUGUUGGAGAGCAGUGGAGGGUCAAGAUUCCCAUCCUGCUCUCGACUAUUGAAGCUUCAGGAAAUCCUGAGACCUCCCAGGACAAUGUGUGGUGGGAGCACCUGCUGCUGAAGUUCCUGAACAUGACACUGAAGAGCAUUGCUGACGAUGCCUGGAGCAGUCAGCUGAGCCUGGAGCUGCAGCACCAGACAGCCAGUUAUGCCUGCUCCUCCCCGGAGAAGAGUUUCCUAUAUAAGGCACUUGGUACCACUUUGGCCUCUUGCCAGGAUGUUGCCCAUGUGAAAUCCCAGCUCCAGAAAUCUCUGAAGGGCACAGAUUACAUGAACGCUUCUGAGAGAGAGCACGUUGUGACCAUCCUGGCAUUCUCAGCCGAGGGCCACCUGGACCUCACCCUGGGCACAAUGGAGGACUUUGGUGCGGCUCUGAGUAAAGUGCAGGUGUCUGGGAUAGUCGGCCGCCUGCAGGACUAUCACCAAGGGAAAAGAGCCAGGACCCACAGGGCCUUGAUACUGGCCUACAGCCGAAUUGCUGUCCAUGCCCCCCGAACACAGCUGCUCCCCUGCGUGGAGCAUGAUCUCACCAGGAAGGUCCUGCAGUAUUACAUGACCAGCUGCCAGGUGCUUGGCAUCAACUUUGUCAAUAAGGACUUCAUGAAAGAGGAACCAAUGGAUUCCUUGGCCUCUCCUGUUCGCCUCAGGGCCAUGCUUGCCAUUAAGCACCUGAGCAAGGUGAAACCCUCACUAAAUCGGGAUGAGAACAGAAACAUCCUGGAUGACUGCUUAAAAUGCCUGCUGCCUCUUCCAGCUGUUCAGCAGCUGAGGGAAGAGGGUGAGACCUCUCAGGACGCUGUCCAAGUACAGGCACUGCACGAGUUGUCCAUGCAGGCCUUGGGCGAGCUCAUGAGGGGCCUCCUUGAAGAAGACCCCGCUGAGAAUUGGUUCAUGGAAAUGGUCCAUCUGCUUGAGCCGUGGAUCUUCUCUGACAAGGAGUGGGAGAGAGAGAGGGCCUUGCAGGCCAGCUCCCAGCUCCUUGUUGCCUAUCAGGAGACAGUCUAUUGCAGACUACAAGAGCCUUUGGAGCAGUUUGGGUCCCUGCUGGGGCUGCUGGCACCAUACACUUGCAGCUGUCUUGCUGCAUCCCGCCUGUGGGCCGCCGACUGCAUUUUCUGCCUUCUGCAGCUACAAGGCCAGUCCAGGACAAUGGAUGCAGCAGAGGGGGAGCUGAGAGGUCUCCGGGAGGAGCUCAAAGCUGCCAGCCCUGAGGCUGUGUUGACAUCAUCCUGCCAAAUGGCGAAGGUCACUGGCAAAUUCUUGCCCUCCACCCAGGCCCUUGAUUUGGUGGGGACAAUAAUGGAUGGCAUGCUUUCUGCCAGCCCCACGUGUGCCACAGCAGCAGGCCACUGGUUCUGUGCAGUCCUGAGGGAGAAUGGAGAUGCCCUUCUGAAUGAGGUGCCGGACAUCCUGUCCACUAUCUUUAUACGGAUGCCAACAAUGCAGGAGAGGUCCAUGCGAGGCUUCCUGUUAGAAGGCGUUGGCAUUCUUGCCAUGUUUCACCUAGAGGCAGUGAUCACCAGCCUCCUUGCCAAGCCUCUGCCAAUGGACAGUGACACCUCUGAGCUCUGGAGGGCCUUGGGGAGGGAUGACGUCUCCACCCUCCAUAUACUCCGUUUGCUUCUGGAGAAGAUCCACUAUCCAGCUGGCACAGAGGGUAGCCCAUCUGAGGGCACUGCAGCCCUGGGACCUCUCGCAGCAACAUGUGCAUCUCUGGAGAUGCUGACUACCAUGCACUCCAGCUCAGUCCUGAGGGAGCUACUCCCCGAGCUCCUGUGUGCUCUUCUAGAGCAAGUUGGCCACACCGUGGGGCAGGACAUGCCGAUGCCCACAGCAAGCAUCCGGCGGAGGCAGCUGCAAAAGGGGCAGGUGUGCACAGUGGGCAACCCUUGCAGGCUUUCUAUGGAGACCCUGGCCUGCACUAUAUCAAAGGGCCUGGGGGAGAGAGUGGCUGCAGACCUUUCCAAAGCAGGAACCUGGCCACUACUUGAGAGCCCUCAGACACACCACGAGGGGGUGUGCCAGCUGGCCAGGACUCUUCUCCCACUGGGAAUAAUAACGCCCCAAUUUAUAGGGCAGGUCUUGAAGUGGGCCAGUUCCCCAACGGAAAAUCUCCGUGUGACUGGUACGGCCUUCAUCAGCCAGCUUAUGUGUGACCCAGUCCUUGAAGAUGAAAAGCUCCUGAAGGCAGUCCUUUCUUUACUUCAGCAGCAAGCCAGGGACACAAAUAACCUUGUCCAACAAAUGGCAGCGAGAGGACUAGGCAACAUCGUGUACGGUGCCCCUGAGCAGUUAAAAACCCACCAGAAGGCCGUCGUGGAGACCCUGUUCCAGGCAUCAUUUGUUCCUGCCAGGCCUGAGAUCAGGGAGGAGGGCAUGCGGGCACUCACCCGCGUCUUUAAACAUCUGGGGACGGAUGCGGGGCCCCUGGUUGAGGAUGCAGCUAUGCACAUCAGGCCCUUUUUUAACCAUGACAACGACGGUCUUCACGCCGUGGCUUUCUCCCUCUUCGGCGCCCUGGCAGGCUGCAUGAAAAGAAGGCAAGCCUUUUAUAAAAACCAGGUGAGGCAGAGCCUGGGAACACUCCUGCUUCACCUGGAGGACCCCAACCCGCAGGUGGCCAAGGAGUGCAGAACAACGCUGGGCCUGUGCUGCCCUUACCUGGGCUUAAGAAGGGUCCAGGCAGCCCUGGCCUUCCAUACCCAGGGGUCAGAGCAGGGGAAGCAGGAACAGCUGCUGAGGGAUGUCUGCAGGCAUUUGGCCAGAGAAAAACCUGCUCUUUUGGAGGGUCUCUGCCAGGCAGCCCAGGGACACUACUCAAGCCCGUGGCCAGAAAUUCAGAUGGCAGCCAUCCAAUUUACAGGUAUCCUUCUGGAGUAUGCUGCCCCCAGGAGUGCCGGACAGAUAAAGGUUGCACGCCUGCUGAGCUCUCUGCAAACUCUGGGACAGGACACCUCCCAGGAGGUCCAAGAUGUGGCCACUCAGGUUGCAGAGGCUAUUUCUAAAAGCCCUUGGGGCAGCAUAUUGCAAGAAGAGGAAAACCAUGGGCAUACCCUUCCCUAUAUCACUUCAUUGCUCUGUUUUGGGUGCCUAAGGCCCCGCUCCAUUUAAAAGCAAGCUCCUGAAUUUGUAUAUGUUCAAAAAUAAAUUAUGUUCUGCGUUCUCCUGA